AAAGAAUACAAAUCAGGAAAUGUGUGUGAUAUCAUGGUGCCAUUCGUAAUCUGCAACUAGACCAACGGGCGCGAUGUCACCUAAUGAAAACAGGAAAGGAGGUGAUUUCUCUAGCGCACCUUUGAUGGGAGGAAUCUGUUUACUCUCUAGGUUUUGCAAGCAAAGGCUGGUUAAACAUACCAGAAAGGGGAGUAAGGCGAGAGCUUAGGAGCUCUCUAAGGAGCAAAAGUAGGUCGCUGAAGAAGGGUGUGACUCCACCAGGAGGUUGGAGUAGCACACGAGGAGUGCAGGGUGUACCCCGACGAGUGUUGCGUCGAAGAAUACACGACACCAUAAUCUGCUGAAGGAAUGAGCAGGACUCACGAACCAACUACCACUCGGAAAGGGAACGCAGUGUAGGGCACGAGAUAAACAUUUCCGGGCAAACAGUGUCGAGAUUUGUUGAGAUGAGAGACGAUCUCUAGGGCGGAGAAGUAUUUAUACCAUACUUAUUUCGAGGACGUCUACACACAUUUCCAAACCUCCACUGAUCUACACAACGUACUAGUUUGUCCAACCUACGUCAAACCCGUCGGCAGAAACAUCAUACCCUUGAACGUCGGGAGGAGGACGACAUAGACCGUCGAGGAACUAAGCGCCGCCAGUCUGUCACGGACUAUACCGACCAACGAGCUGAGAAAGGGCGAAUGGAGCCACAGGAUGCACCAGUAAAGGUUCAUUACCAAGCAGUGGCUACCGGUAGACAGGCAUCCAAAACACACAGGGGUGAUAUCAGCCCAUCGCAGGAAGACGUUGUAAUCAACGGCGAGGCCAAGGGAGAUCCCGACCUGCGCGUGAACAGGGAGCAGUACAUUACUGGUGAGCAUGUAGCUAGUGAUGGGCUGCCUUCCCGUUCGUCUUCGGGUAUCUCUGGAGUCUCAUCUUCCGGUAAAGGGCAACCACGCCUACCACCUAAUAAGCGCAGGCGUCACCGCCGUCGUUCCACAAACAAGGGCACGGUGCGGGGCCAGUCUUCGACACAGAAACUAACCGAGCUCAUGGUACGACAACAGUCGCUCUUAGAGAAGUACGAGCAAAGGUUGCAGCGUACAUCUUCAGAACGACCCACGACAUUGUUGUCCGCGACCGAAGCGUCGACUAGCCCACACAAACGGGGGCAUAGGGCACAAGGUAAGGAGGACAAUCCCACGUUUUGUAUCCAAGGCCGUUCAAAACAGCACCAUGGACUCGGGUACGAAUCACCUGGGUCGGAAGGUCAAUUCUCUGAGGAGGAAGAUACCUUGCCGGCAUUGGCUAUUUAUUGA